UUUGUAUGUGUUUCUGUGUGUGUACCUGCCUGCUAGCUAGAGUGUGUCUGUGUGUGUAGUCCACUGCUGUACCUGCCUGCUAGCUAGAGUGUGUCUGUGUGUGUAGUCCACUGCUGUACCUGCCUGCUAGCUAGAGUGUGUCUGUGUGUGUGUAGUCCACUGCUGUACCUGCCUGCUAGCUAGAGUGUGUCUGUGUGUGUAGUCCACUGCUGUACCUGCCUGCUAGCUAGAGUGUGUCUGUGUGUUUCAUACACAUGUUGGACUACGCCCUUGGACUUGACCUUUGGACUACCUGAGGUAGUUUACCUGGCUUUCAGCUGUUCUCGAAGCUCACCAGGUUUUUCACAGGUACCGUCUCUGACCUGCUGGAGUUCACCUGUCUCUGGGUGUUGACCUGUGUAUAUCUGACUGACUGGGAGUUACUACCUCUGUUGGAAUUCACCUGUUAGCUCAGCUGUGUAUCAACACGUGCCUCUCUGCUACUGGAGUUUACCUGUGUGAAGGAGUUUACCUGUGUGAAGGAGUUUACCUGUGUGAAGGAGAUUACCUGUGUGAAGGAGUUUACCUGUGUGAAGGAGUUUACCUGUGUGAAGGAGGUUUACCUGUGUGAAGGAGGUUUACCUGUGUGAAGGAGGUUUACCUGUGUGAAGGAGGUUUACCUGUGUGAAGGAGUUUACCUGUGUGAAGGAGUUUACCUGUCUGACUGGAACACCUGUUGGAAUUCUGACUAACUAAUUCUUGGAGUUUAUCUCUCCUGCUGGGGUUCACUUACCUCAGAGCAGAGACCUGCAUCCUCCAGCUGUGUGUGUGUGUGUGUGUGUGUGUGUGUGUGUGUGUGUGUGUCAGGAUGAUGGAAGAAGUGUCUAUCAGGGUGGCAUAUGACACCCACAUCAUAGACCAGAUGACCGAGGAGGAGAUACUGGCCUGCCUGAUGGCCGAGUCUAUACCCAAACACACGGUUCCCAGUAAGAAGGCCAUGCUGAGAGAGAACCAGACGCAACAACAGGAUGACCACGUAGACAGAUACCAGAGGGAGAACCGUCAGCUGCAGCAGGACAGUCUGCGUCUGGAGCAGGAGAAUGAUGUUCUGGCCCACAGACUGAUCACCAGCAAGAUCUCCCUGAGGACUGACCUGGACCAGGCGGAGGACAGAGUGAAUGAACUGACCAAAGAGCUGCUGAAGACCAGAAAGAGAUUAAAGAACGCAGAGGAGGAGAAGAGAGGGAAAGAGGAGGAGGCUGCUCAGUUGAAGGAGGUGUUAAGGGCAAAGCUGGACAAGGCUGAACCAGAGGUGAAAAGGAGCUCAGGCAUCAUCUCAGACUACAAACAGAUCUGUUCCCAGCUGACCAGUCGGGUGGAGAAGCAGCAGGCGGCCCACAGAGAGGACCUGGACGAACUCAGGAAUGCUGUGCUGGCAUGUUCUCGCUGCCGACAGGCUCUAGAUUCUCCUGUUAUGGAAGGCUUCGGUUCCACAGCCCCGUACCAGAGAAGUAUCAGCACCAGAGAACCAGGCCAGCAGAGAGACCAGGAAACAGAACCAGACCAGCAGACGACUGGUACCAGGGAACAAGACCAGGAGAAGGUGUGUCUGAGUGGCCAGGUCACAGAGCUGGAGAAAGAGCUGGCCCAGACUAAACUACAGAUGGUGGAGGCCAAGUGCAAAAUCCAGGAGCUGGAACACCAGAAGGGGGUGCUGCAACGUGAUCUCCAGACAGCUAGGAACAGCUGGCUCAGUAAGACUGUGAGCUCCAUACGGUCAGCCGGAGGGGGUCUGCAGAGCAGCAGCCUACCCAGUGGGAGAGCCUCAGCAAUGGGGCAUUCUCUCCAUGGCCUCCCCCUCUCAGCCUGGAGCUCCAGGUGACUGUCUGACAGAGAGAUGGAAGGGAGGGGGAGAGACAGCAAGAGGACAUACUGGGAGUAUAGAUAAUAUGUAUUGGAAUGAUUAGACAUGUCUAUUGGUGACUGUUUGUUUCUGCAUUCUAGUCCCUAUUUUGGUUUUAUUUGUUAUUGUCAUUUUUUAUUUUCAAUAUUUUAUUAUUGAUACAGGAAUUGUAUGUUUUAUGUAUUGCUUUGGCUGCAUUGUGUUGUCCCUAAAGCGUGUGAAUAACUGAAUCCAAUGAUCAAACCAUACAUCCCAAUGCUAACACUCCUUUCUGCAUGCACACACACACACACACACAACUCUUUAAACAAAACUCCAAACUGGUAUUACUUGUAUGGCACCCAGUCCUUCAUUCAAAACCUGUCAUUGUGCAUUCAUUUUUUGAUUUGAUUUGUUACAUACAGUACAUCUCUGAUGUUGUCAAUAUCAGAUUUUCUUUUUAACUUACAGUGAAGUCAAAUCAAUAGUCAUCAUUGUAAUCAAGUAUAUAUCCAUACUUUUUAUGUUUCUACAUUUACAGACAUUUUCAUUAAGUAGUUCUCAAAAUCUGUAGCAGACAAACCAGUUGACAUGUAAAGUCAGCCAGGUCACCCGGGAUACAAGUGAGUAUUCGACGUCCAUCCUUAUCUGAGGAUGUCUGGAGAUGAUGUGGAAAUCGGCCACUAGGAGCAACAAUGAACGCUGUUGCCUUCAAGUAGGUUGUGAUCUGCCUCUGAUUCCAAAUGUUGGAAGUUUGAAUCCAGCGAUAGAAAGUUGUUUUUGAGAUAGUUGUUUUAAGCCUAUCCCAAACCUUAACCAUUUGGAGUUAAUGUCUAAACUUAACCGUAAACAUUUAGAAAUUUGCAACAACUUUGAAAUUUGAGAAACAUGGAUGAACUGUGAGCUAGUUGUGUAAUGUAUAGGUUUACCAAACAUAUACGUGAUCGUCAAUUUCGAGCAGUCUGAUUAAGUAAUAGUUCAUGGUCUUUUAACAAAGGAGAAGAGAAACAUAUCAAAAGUGAGCAUUGUAUUGUUCACGGCAGUUAUGUUAUGUGAACAUGUAUUUCCAGAUGAAACACUGAUUCAGUUUGGUGAAAAUGUGACUAUGAUUUUGAUUGUGAAAUACUUAGUCAAUUGAAAAUGUGCUUAAAGUUUUGAAACAACU